AGUUAAGAGGAUUACGGUCGUCGAUCGGAUUAUAGUUGUUCACUAUACCGAUUUUUACACUCGACGACAAUCAACGUUUAAUAUAUAAGGCCGGUUUAAUCUUCACAAAUAAACAAGCAGGUAUUUAACUGCCUCUAAUAGUAAGGAAAAAUUAAAAGUUAAUUUUUGUUUUGUUUAUUUGUUCAUCUUUACUUAAAGCUUUAAUCUUAUCAAUAACCUUAAAAAUAGCCGGUCCUCAGAGACAGAGAAGUAAAUUAGAAGAAAAAGAAUAGAUAUAAAUAGAGUUAAUUUAGGACAAAAUACAAAACAAAAAAAGAGAGAGAGCUUCGAACAAACAAUUCAAUAUCGAAUGCUGAAGGGAACGCCAGUCAAGUAUCGGCACGUCUACUUGAACGAAUCGAAGGGAAAUGCUGAUAAAUCUUUAAAAAAGAAAACCUUGUCGGUUGAAGCUAGACUUGUUCUCGAUGACUUAAAACAAGACAAUGUGAGAAAAUGGAGUUCAGACUACAAAGAUCGUAACAGAUCAAACAGAGUGAGACAGGAGGAGGAUGGUAAGAGGUUUAAAAGUAGAGAAAUUCGUAAUGGAAUCGUUGAUGGUGCUUGUAACUCUACUUGCGGACUGGAUGAACAAUCACUUCCUAUCAAUAACGAAUACAACCAACAACAAUUAGCUUAUUCAAACUUAAAAAGAGAAAAAUCAUUCCAAAUUACUCCAAUUGGCUAUGAUUGUCGUUAUGUUCAAGAAAAACGGGUAGAAGUGAAUGCAGAAGAACCAACUGGUUAUGAAAAACAAGUAGCGAUAUCCAAAUGCAAUAAAUGGUUAAAUAAUUACGUAACGGGAAAUUCAAAACGAAAGAUUAGUCGUACUGAGAGACAGUAG